GGAAGUCGGCGAGCGUAUCUAACCUCGCCCGAAUCCUCCGCACUAUCUUAUCCUAAUGUAUUUGUUACCUGCUCACUAUGCAAACCUAUUUAUAUUUCUUCGAUGUGUUUACUCUCUGGCUCCCCUGCGGCUACACCCGAACCCUAGAAACCCAUUUGGUUCCAGAAAACCUGAUUUACACCGGAAAUCCUUUCUGAACCUGUAAAAUUGAGCUCAUGAUAUGUCGAGCGGCGUACCCGCCGUGUAUCUCCACGUCGUCGAUUCCGUUGUUGGUAAAAUGCGGGACGCCUUCAUCACCGAGAACGGUGACGACUCUGCUCUCGUGGAGCUUCAGGGGCUAUGGGAGCUAAAAAUGAUGCAAUGUGGAAUUAUACAAGGUCCAAAUGAGAGAAACUCUUCCUCUGGGGGUACAGGUGUUCCAACACCUGUACAUGAUCUGAAUUUGCCUUAUGAAGGGACUGAAGAAUAUGAAACUCCAACAGCAGAUAUGCUCUUUCCACCGACACCUUUACAAACACCUGUGCCAACUCCCUUGCCACUGGAACCUGGACAAUAUCAACACUCACCUGAUGCAGCCACAGAUAUCAAACCUCGAAGGCCAGUUCCUCAAAUGCAGCAGCCAUCUCCAUCAGUGAAUCAAAGGCCUUUAGGUGUUGAUGUUAAUGUUGCCUAUGAAGAAAUGAGGAGGGAGGAAGGAGGAAUAUCUGGUCCACAAGCCCCUGUGAAGGAUUUUUUAACGAUGCCUGCUGGCAAACGGAAACGAGAGGAGUACCCUUCACAUUUCUUUCCAAAUGAACAUAUACCCCAGCAAGAUGGAUCAGGAGAUGCUUCUUUUAAGGACUGUUUUCAUCAAAAGGUUCUAAGGGCAAACAAUUCAUCAAAUUAUCCCAAUCCCAAGACUUUCCAUGGAUCAUUGGAAGUUCAAGAACGAAGGAAAGAUGAUUCAUUGAUUUCUUCAAUCAGUAAAAUGAAAGAGUGUACUCCAAUAAUUCCACAGUGCGAUGGGUUCAAUGAUGGUUAUGAUGAUGUUUUACGCACUGAAGACUAUAAUACGCCUUCUUCUUAUGAUGCAUUACCUGGAAAUGAUGUGGGAACUCCCAAACUACCAAACAAUGAAUUCAUUGAAGAGGAUGAGCCACCUUUAAAUGAGGAUGAUGAUGAGUUAGAUGAUCUGGAGCAGGCAAAUGAGGAGCCCAGUAUAAAUGAUCUGGUGUUGGCACAAUUUGAAAAGGUAAGUAGGACUAAGAGCAAAUGGAAGUGUGUUCUCAGGGAUGGGAUGAUGCGUUUGAAUGACAAGGAUAUAUUGUUCACGAAGGUGCAUAUAAAUUUGUUCCCACACUUCCAUGUUCAAUAGUUGUUUUUCUUUCAUCUCCAAUUUCUGACCUUCUAACAACAAUCACCAAGCUGAAUAUCAUGGCAAAUACUUUUCCAUCUGUAACCUUUGACUUCUUUAUAAAAGAAUUUGUCAGUUGUAUGGUAUGUCUUUAAUUUUGAUAUACAAGUUCUUAAGGCUAAUUGAGUAUAUUUGGAGCCGCGAGACAAAAGGCUGACCUUCAAGCAAAAUAUUUUUUUUGGAGUUUUGGGCGGUCCCUUGCUUCAUGCAUUCGGACUUCUGUUUGGAAUGAACACACCUAGGUUUGAUCAGUCAUUCUCACUCUUGGGAAACCCAACCUGACCUUAAGGUUGCAUUUGGGAAUGUGUAAUAAGGGCAUUGUUUUUGGAGCCAUCUGGAUUGGACUAAAACAAUUGUUCAGUCCCGCAGUAUUCCAAAUUUAAUUCUCCAACUUGAUGUUCUCAAAUGCAGCAUUAAAUUUGUAAUUUUCUGUAGCACUAAAUUCAUUGAUUUCAAGUGGAAAUCCACCAAUGUUUUUUAUCGACAGUGGAAGUGUUUAUUAGUUAUGAAGUGUGUACGAUUUGUGUUGCAUAGUUUCAAUAAAGUUCAUAUACGACAUGAGUUCUUUUGUUGGCUGGAAUAGCACUAACUGUGGCAUUAAACAACUGUCCCAAUCCAAUGUGAAAUAAUGCAUCGUUUGAGCCAAAGAUCACACAAAUCCUCGCUGAAACCAUGAAAAUCUGUUCUGGAGGUCAUCUUUCAUGGAUUUAACAUCAACUGCUAGGAAUCUGCAAUUAACAAGUAAUAUAUAAACUGGUUUUUUGGGAUAUAUAUAUACACACACAUAGUCACACACACAAAUAUGUCUGUUGAUUCUUUCUUGAUUGACACUGCAGGCAAAUGGUGAAUUCGACUUCUGAGGCUAUUGUUGAGGUUGGGUAAGGUAUUCCCCCACAGCACCCCCCAGCCCCCCUCUUUUGAACCAUUUUUCUUUCCAUUACUGAUUUUUUGUGCAUUUUUAUUGCAUGCUACCUGAUGAGAUUAAAUCUGUUAAAAUUAUUUUGUUGUUAGCUUUAGACGCACUGGUAUCUUAAAAGAUUUCAUCAAAGCAAGACUGCUUUCCAAGUUGGCUUUAUUUAAUGCUUGUCAAAUAUUUGUAGGAUAAUAAUUUUAUGCACCUUCUGCUGGAAAUUUCGCAUACUGAAAAAUGAACAUCCUUUACCACUUCCUACUGGUUACCCAGACGAAUACUUUUUUUGUUUUUUGCAUCCGUUUGGUUGUUGCACUGUCCAAGAGAGUACACACGGCAAGCCUGCCACUGUUAUCAGUCAGUUGUAAAUACAAAUAUCAUCAAGGAUAUUUUAUUUGGUCAAUCUUCUGGUAAUAUUCAGUGCUUCGAUGCUGCAGUUUUCUAGAAAUCUGGCUUAGAGGGACUGAAUAGUUUAUGAAUAUGAAAUCUGGUUGGAGAAGCCCCCCAAGUUUGUGAAUUUUUUCCUCACUUGCUCGUCUGCAACAUAUAGCUAUUCUGCUUUGAAUAUGAAUCCAUUAGGCCAAUAUUUCUCUGCAAAAUGGCAUUGAUUUCAACCUUGAUAUUGAUGUUUUAGCGAAUUGAUUUGAACCUUAGUUUGCAAAUUGUAAUCAUGAGAAGUGCUGAACCUUACAUUAGUUUCAGCUAUGUACCCGAAUUGUACCUAGGAACUUGAAGAAUUCGAGUUAACAGUGAACAAAAUUCUUUUAUUUCAGC